UUUAUUUUAUUUAUUUUCGUUUUUUUUACAAUUUACGCAAUUUAUACAAUUUAUACAUUUUAUACAUUUUAUACAAUUUAUUUAUAACAAUUAUUUAUAAUAAUUAUUUAUUUAUAAAUCUUAUCUCUUUAUUUUUUUAUAUAUAUAUUUUUAUAAAUUAUUUUUUUUAUUUUUUAAAAUGGAUUUUCCAAAUUUCGAAAUUAAUUUAAAUAAAUCAUUAUCAUCAUUCGAAGAAAUAUUCACACCCCAGUUUGAAAGUGUGGAUAUGAUCGAUGAUAAUAAUAACAAUAUAAAUAUAAAUAUAAAUAUAAAUAAUAAUCAAUACUAUUGCCAAAUCCAUACUAAUUAUAAACUAAGUAUGGUGUGUGUCGAAUGUACUGCCCUGGUAUGCCCUUGUUGUGUUUCGAGCUUGCCAAUCCAUUGUGGACAUCAACAUUUAGAAGUCGAUUCUGACUCUGCUGUUUUCAAAAAAAUAUAUUACUGCAUGACCAAUUGUAAAGAUAGAAUAGAUAAUCUAAUGGAAAUUGCUAUGAACGAAUAUGAAAACAUAAGAUACCUAAUCGAAGAAAAAGAAAUAAACAACCAAAAUAUAAACACACAAGUCGAAGUAUUUUUAGAUUUAAUAGAUUUAGCAAUUGAAAUAAACAAUAAUAAUAAUAAUAGUAGUAACAAUAAUAGUAAUAAUAACAAUAAUAAUAAUUUUAACAUAAUAUAACACAAAUAAACAAUAUAUAAUACCUCUGCCGCUAAAAAACCCUAUUUAAUAAAAAUAAUCACAGUUUUACUGUUUUUUUCACAAUUUCUUAAUCCAAAC